UCACCAUUUCUGAGUCAACAACCUGUGAUCACGCUAAAACAAACCGUAGCCCAGCCUCGAUCAUUUGUGCAAUCUUCUAGGCCAACAAAUAUACCGCCUUCACCACCACCACCACCACCGCCUCCUCCUCAUAUUCCACCGCCUCAGUUUUCUCUACCAUUACCCCCACCUCAACCUCGACGACAAACAAAUAUGGACUAUCGGUCUACAUUAUCACCAAAUGAAAAGCUUGGUCUUUGUUGUCGCAAAAGGAAUUUACCUAGUUCUUGUCAGACUUUGUGCAAUUAUGAUACUUUCACUGAUCGAUCACUUGUGAAUGCUGUUCUGACGAAUCAAUGUCCCGGUCCGCAACUUACGCAAGCAUUCGACUGUGCUACUUCGAUGGCUGAUCACACGGAAUGCUGUAUUCGUAAUGGUAUUGGAACAUUCAAUGGUGGGCAAUGUAUGGCAUUUUGCACCACACAUAGAGGAAACCCAAAUAAUGCUUUUCAAUAUAUCGGAUGCCUUCAAGUCUUCGAUCGAAUCAAGCAAUGCUAUUCUGAUUAUCAUAUUAAUCAUCCAAACAUCUUUGGUGAUUUUUAG